AGAAAUCAGCCUCAACGAGAGCAAGCAACUGGAAAUUGCUUUCCAAGAACGAAUUUCCGCUUUGGGUUUUACAGAGAGAGAGAGAUGGUGGUGGCUAUCGUAGAAACUGGUGAGAAAGAGAUGGUGACUUUGGUGUCUCGCACUGGAAGGCAUUUGCAGCGCUACAGCUCUAUUGGCCGUCGCCUCGUUGUCGGAUGCAUACCAUAUCGAUUUAUAGAGGACGAAACUAGUAAAAAUUGCAGUGAUCGAGACAUAGAAGUUCUAGUGAUCAGCUCGCAGAAAGGUUAUGGCCAUGGAGUCUUGUUUCCCAAGGGAGGCUGGGAGACGGAUGAAUCUAUGGUAGAUGCUGCUUCCCGAGAGGCACUGGAGGAAGCUGGAGUACGCGGGGAUGUGCAGGAACGACUUGGGAAAUGGAGUUUCAAGAGCAAAAGGUAUGGUACGUACUAUGAUGGAUUCAUGUUCCCAUUGCUGGUAAAGGAGCAAUUGGAUCUGUGGCCUGAGGAGCAUGUCCGCCACCGUAGAUGGGUUACAGUAGCUGAAGCAAGAGAGAGCUGCCAGCAGUGGUGGAUGAAAGAAGCAUUAGAGACGUUGGUGAACCGUCUAUCAAACUCGGUGGGCCACACUAUCAAGGACUUAACGGUGAUCGAGAAGAAGAUGGGCCACCAACUUCACUAACUUAAAAGCUGCAUUGACUUGUACAUAAGGAUUGCCACAUGUGUGGGCCUGGAUUUGCUUGGGCCCAUUUUUCGGUACUUGAUUAUCUUAGGCCCAGAGCAUCGAUGGCUAUAAUAAAAAGAGUAGAAAACUGAUGUGGGCCUGAAUGCAGUGUACCAUCUGUUGACGUGGAGUAAUGUGGACCCUUGUUGGGCCUUCGGAAUGCGGAUGUUUUUGUUCAUCGAAAUUGAAAUCAGUUCUUCCGUGAA